CAACGGAUGGCCUGUCCUCAGUAUUUCCCCAUGUUCAACACAGAGAACGACGCUAGCAUAGUUACCAGCUGACCAUGUGGAUCGACAUCGUAUGGUUCAAAGUACGUAGUGGAGCAGCCAAGAAUUAUGGGCAAACUGGUCUGCUCCAGUGGUCGUAUUCGGCUGUACAACUCGUCAUACAUCGGUUUCCCGAUUUGGCAACUUUCGUACUCGCCCAUUUUGCAGCAUCCCCCGUCAGAAUAUAAAUAUCAUUGCAAGGUCCUGGAUUCUACAGUCCUGAUCAUUGACAAAAUCACGACAGUUCUCUUAUCAUCUUCAUUCACAUACCGUUUCAUUCAAGUUUUUUAAAUCGAUUAUCGAACCUGUUUGGCACCCAUGAUCCUCCACGCUGAAACCCUUCUCUCAGCUGUGGGAAUCCUCACCAUAGCAGCAAAUGCGGAAGCCCAUCAUCGGCGUCGAUGUGCCUAUGGUGACGACUGCUGGCCAGACGCGCAGACUUGGAAUGACUUCAACACCACAAUCGGCGGGCGAUUGAUUCGCUCUUUUCCAUCUGCUGCCGUGUGCCAUACUGAGAGGUAUAAUGCCAACCAAUGCAAAAUAGCAAAGCAGAGUUGGCUAGAUAGCUUCUGGCGAACAAACCAAACAGGAGCCUAUUCUGCGACGGUAUGGGAGAUGGGAAACAACGGGCAGUGCUUUAUUGAUACUCCCGUUAGCGCUCCAUGCGACCAGGGGAUAGUGCCGUACUAUUCUGUCCGGGCGGAAAGCGUCGAAGAUGUCCAAAAGACUGUGAAGUUUGCUAGCGAGAAGGACCUGUUUCUUGUGAUAAAGAACACAGGACAUGACCACCUCGGUCGAUCAAGCGGUCAAGGAGCCCUUUCAAUCUGGACUCAUAAUCUCAAGGGCAUCGACUGGCAUGACCGGUUUGUCCCGCAGGGAGCACCUCCUGCGAUCAAAGGUGUCCCUGCUGCGACAUUGCAGGCUGGAGAGCAAUGGUUCGACGUAUACCAAGCUGCAGCAAGACAGGGUGUAUUGAUAGUCGGAGGAUCAGCGCGCACCGUCGGGGCCGCCGGAGGAUAUGUGCUGGGAGGAGGCCAUUCGCCAUUUGCACACUACUAUGGCCUCGCUGCAGAUAAUCUUCUGGAAAUGAGCAUUGUUUCUGCCGAUGGACGACAUCGAGUGAUCAAUGCGCAUUCAGAUCCCGAGUACUUCUGGGCUGUUCGCGGCGGCGGUGGAAGUGCCUGGGGUGUCGUUACGUCGGUGACUUACAAAACUCAUCCUGUCCCACAAAACCUCACCAUCGGAUUCGUUCAACUGAACGCAACCAACAACUCCAGCUCAACCCGGCUCAUUUCCGAAUCCCUGAAACUCAUUCCAGCCGUUACAGACGCAGGUUAUACCGGAUAUGGCUCGUUUGCGCAGGGCUUCCAGGCAGUCUUUCUUCAACCCAACGGCACCAUAGAAUCGUUUAACCAGACUUUCGCACCUUUCUCUGAAUUGACACAACUUCCCGGUGUCACUGGAGCUGUUGCAGCCUAUUCCUCCGCCUGGGACGAAUAUUUGAAAACCUUCCUGCGAGACCCUAAUAUCGGGACCAACAUUCAGGACGUGUCACGACUGUUGACAGCGGACAUAAUCCGGGAAAAGGCCGACGAUUUGGCGGAGUUCAUUGUCGACAAUGGUCAAGCGGCAGGAUUCAAUUUCAUUGGCAAAGUCGACAACAAGGAACGUGACAACACUGCCGUCCAUGAGAUCUGGAAACACAGCCACGCGCUUCUGAGUAUCUCGGUAAAUUGGCUGGAUAACGCAACAGCUUGCGAGAAGGAAGAGAAGCGACACCAGAUGGUGCAGUUGAGCAAGCGCUUUACUGAGAUUGUCGGUCCAGAUGGAGGGACAUAUGUGAAUGAAGCGAGUCCGUACGAACCCAAAUGGCAAAGUGUCUUCUGGGGAAAUAAGUAUGAGCGAUUGCUCUCUAUCAAGAAACGGGUGGAUACAACCCAGUUGUUUGUGUGUAAUAGGUGUGUCGGGACAGACUUGGUGCUGCAGCCAUAGACAUGUUGGGACUCUCACACCGUAAGCGUCAUGGCUGAGCGCAUACACUGCGAAAGAACCACAUUGACUAUUUGCACUUGCUAGCGAAGAGCCAGUAUAAGGUUGAUCCGUGAUGUCAUUUUCAAUCCGUCUAGUAGGCCACGGCAGGUAUUGUUGGAACGCCGAAAGAGGAAGCAUACAAACGCCUUUUCAGAUUCUGUACCUAGAAGAUGUUUUUGAGUGUUGUCGAGUCCAAAAUUAUACCAGACAUGAUGCAGACGGGUUGGGAUUUAUAUAUAUACAGUUCUCCCUGAAUUCUUUGGUGUUUUCCUGGGCGGUCUCCUUGCUCGCCGAAGAAAUAAUAUACAUGAAUCUAACCGUACUCAAGUCUAUCCUAAGCAGUGGACAGAUGGCAAUCACUUGAGGCUC